AUGGCCAGCAUGAGCGACAUCACGUCGCCACUGACACAUAGCGGUAACACCGGUGGCACUUAUCCUUGCCCGGUCAAGUCACCCGAUCCACGUGCAGUGAAUUGCAUGGGUUCUACCCAGUAUGAUGUGUUGACCGGUGGUAAUCGUCUGACAGGUGAAAACGGUUUGAAACCUGAAGAAUCCAAACAAGCCACCAUAGGUCUGCGUAUAGAGCCGACUUCCAAUCUGUCUCUGGGCCUGGAUUUGUGGGACGUGAAAAUGGAAAACCAGAUUGCGCAACUGCCUGAAGCGAUUGUUUUUGGUCAUCCUGAGCGUUAUCCCAACCUGUUCUCGACUUUCUAUGAACCAGGCCAGGGCGGCAAUAUCCUGGUGGGUACACUGCCUUCCUACAAUAUCGCCAAUGCACACUAUCGCGGCAUAGACUGGGACCAUAGCUUCAAGACAGCAACUCCCCUGGGCAAACUGAGCCUGAACUGGACCGGUACUUACAUGCUGAUGCCGUUAUGA